AUGGAAGUGCUAGCAGCAGAGAAAGAGAGUGUUGCGGUGGAGGAACCUGGAGAGAAGUGUGAGGGGAAUGAUGUCAUGGGAGCCAAGCCAGGGCUUCAUUACCAUUAUUUUGAGCUUGGAAAGAACACAGAUCCUGAGAAGGAGAGUGACGCACGGUUUGAUGCUGCAUUCACAGUACACCCAGUGUUGGACCCUGUACAGAUAUACCGGCUACACAGGCAUUUUGCACGUGUGGAGCUGGAACGCACUUACCAGGAAAUCCAGCAGCUUCAGCUGGAGAUUCAAAAUACCAGCAGCCUGUCUGCAGAUGGUGAGUUGAGUGCCACAUGGCCUACUGGCAUUGCAGCCGCGUUCCAACCAAAGACUCGGUUUGAGGUGCUGCGUUGGGAUUACUUUACUGAAGAGGCAGCCUUUGCCUGUGUGGAUGGAACUCCAAAGUGUGAGCUCCAAGGAGCAGAUGCAGCUGACGUGGCAGAUGUGGUUGCUGCAGCUAUAGAAGAGCUGAACCACCGAUACCAGCCGGUGCUACAUGUGCGCAAGCAGCAGUUACUGAAUGGGUACCGCCGCUUUGACCCUACACGAGGCAUGGAGUACACGCUGGACUUGCAGCUGGAGAUGGUGACUCAAAAGGGGUACAGCCGCUCACUGGCCAAGAGGGUACAUCUGCUGCGCCCACUCAGUGAGGUUGAGAUCAUCCCUAUGCCCUACGUCACUGAGGCUAGCCGAGUUAAUGUCAUCCUUCCACUAACUGCCCCAGAGCGGGACUAUGCUGCACGCUUUCUAGAGGUCUAUGCUACAGCAGCCUUUGAGAAUGCUGAGAAUGCUGUGCUCACAUUUCUUUUCAUCUAUGAUCCCUUUGAGGCUCAACAGGUGUCUCAGAAUGAUGUCUUUGGGGCAGUGAAAGCACGUAUCGCAGAAUAUGAACGACGGUAUACCCAAGUGAAGAUCCCAUGGAUCAGUGUCAAGACAGAUGCACCUUCCCAGAUCAAGGUUAUGGACAUAAUCUCCAAAAAGCACCCUGUAGACACGCUCUUCUUUGUGGCUGGUGUGAGCACAGAGGUCACAACAGAGUUCCUCAACCGCUGCCGCAUGAACACCAUCAAUAGUUGGCAGGUCUUCUUCCCCAUCCACUUUCAGGGCUACAAUCCCACCAUUGCUUUCCACAACCAACCCUCUCCUCUUUCUAGCUUGGACCUGGUCCGUGAUGCUGGCCACUUUGACCGUGAUGCUUUCAACGAAGCUUGCUUCUACAAUGCAGACUACAUGGCAGCCCGCACACGCAUGGCAUCUGAUGUGCAGGAUAUUGAGGAUAUCUUGGAGACUAUGGACACCUAUGAUCUGUUUGUCAAGUAUUCUAACCUGCACGUCUUCCGUGCUGUAGAACCUGCCCUCCUCCAGCAGUACAGGCCACACAGCUGCAACCCCCGACUGAGUGAGGAGCAAUAUCACCGUUGCGUGCAGAGCAGCCUGGAGGGCCUGGGUUCCCGUGCCCAGCUGGCCAUGGUGCUCUUUGAGCAGGAGCAAGGCAACAGCACGUGAGCCCUGGAAACAGAGGCCGGGGCCAGCCUGCUUCAACCUCCCCCUCUGCAUUUGCUUCCUAUAGUAGCAGAGGGGAGCUGAAAACGACUCUUCCAGCUUGGAACCCAGGUGUAGUUCUGACUGGCCUUAUGGGCUGCAUUGUGGACAGUAGAUGUAAAUGGGAAUUGAGGCAUUGGCUCUAGUCCCGUUUUCUCUCUUGCUCCGUUCCCUUAGCCUGGACUCAGGUCCUUCCUUCCCCUUUGCAGCAGGAUUGGCAGCUGCAAGCGCCAGCUAAGGGGCAGGCAGGACCUGCCCUGAGACUUGCUUCCUUGAACUGCUCACUGCCACAGGUCCUGCCUUUGGGGUUCCUGGGCUCUUAGAGGGGCCUUCUGGAGAAGCAGCAGGAAGGGCUUGUGGGGUGGGCAGAAGGAGGCUCUGGGAAGUUGGAUCCUGGGACAGGAAGGGGAAUGAGAGAAUUUCUUGCCUAUAAGGAGCAUUGCUCAGUCUUGUGGCUGCAGCUUGGUGCUAACUUAAUGAACACUCCAGAUCUGAGUAUGAAAUAACUCAUUUUGGGGUGGGAAGACAGAGGGUUUCCUGUUGUUUUUGAUUUGCUCUGAGACACUCCUUGGAAACCAUGACCCAGGCUGUUUGGCCUCAGAUUAGUAGUGGGGGUGGGGGUGGCACAGAACAGGCAAGAGCCUUCUGUAGGAGAGUCAAGCUGCCCCUGUUGCCAGGCUGGACCUGGCACUGUGGGAAAAAUCAUAUCCCUGGUGCUGCCGCCCACAUAUGCCGCCUGCAGGGCUGAAGGUAUGUGGGCAGUCUACCUUGCUGCCAUGUGGAGUCUCCUAGAAGUCUUCAGCAGAAUGUAUUUUGUUGGUCAGCCUGGUGCUGUGACCGUGGAGCAGGGAAAACCCAGCAUUGUGUGGUGGGGUGGACAAUGGAGCAUGGCUCUCCAGUGGGUUUAUAUUUAACAUGAG